GGAGGCUACGCAGUAACGCUAAGCCAUCACCGGAAAAAAGCUUCUAAUCUAGACUUCACUGGUCUCCGUCCACAAUAACGGGAACUGUUGGUCCAUUUAUUCAACUGUCUAUGGUAGUGACACCAGCAUAGACAGUUAAAGAGGACACCAGGUCCAUGCUAGAUCGGAUCCGCUAGACAUGUGGACGUCAAAGGACCCGCCUCGUGGCCCGCCUUAUUCUGCCUCUGAUUGGCUUACCCACGUACUCUUACCCUAAGUCCCCAACCCUAGCCAAUCACCACUCAGCAGAACGUAUGGCGUAAGACGUACGACGCAGACACGUCAGUGGUAAAUACAGGGCGCCCCGCUGCUCCCCGGCGGUCCGUUUAAAGAGUCUUGGUUGGAGGGCUUCCGUGAAACUAAAAAGAGCCAGCCUUUUCUACAUUGAUAUCUAGGUUUAAAACGGAGGGAAUGCCAAAACACAGCAUGCCACUGCAGGAUCUGCCCUGCCUGAGUCUCCAGGGCUCCAUGUUGUCUCAGUCCGAGAACAACAACAAACGCAAGUCCAAAGGCUGCCUCAGUGAGGGCCUGGACGUCGAGUGCACUCCAACAGAGCUCAUCCAGCAGUGGUCACCAAGCCACAAGCACCAGCGGCUCAUCUGCAAGGGGAAAGAGAAUGACAGCAACCGGUUUGUCCUGGCCAGAAGAUCAAGGAGGAAAAAAGAAUCCACGACAUCAGGCCUUUCAUGGGACCACCUUCCCGAUGAGCUGCUUCUCAGGAUACUGUGCUACAUUCCUCUGCAGGACCUCCUCAGGAUGACGGUGGUUUGCAAGCGCUGGCAUCGCUUAGCGUUUGAUGAGUCUCUGUGGCACAGCGUGGAUCUGGAGGGGUUGACCCAUACGGGCUCAGCCCUGCAGCAGGUACUGAAGACCGGAGUCCGCAUGCUGCGCUGCCCUCGGUCCUUCGUGGAAGAGCUGGACUUCACAGACAUAGGCCGUCUGCAGUUGGUUCGGGUGGAUCUGUCCAGCUCCAUCAUCCCCACCUCGUCUCUGGAGAGGAUCAUCUGUGAGUGCCGGCUGCUGGAGUAUCUGAGCCUGGAGGGCCUGCAGCUCUCAGACACAAUCCUCAGCGCUCUGUCUAAGAACCCAAACCUUCUGCAGCUCAACCUAAGCGGCUGCUCCGGCUUCUCUGGUCCCGCGCUGGCCGACAUGCUCAAGUCCCUAGUCAGUAUAGAGCAGUUGAACAUAUCAUGGUGUGAAUUCAACAAUAAUCAUGUGAAGAGUGUUGUUAAUAAUCUGAGCCCCACUGCUACCCACCUCAACCUCAGCGGAUACCGAGAGAACCUCCUGCUAGACGAUGUGAAGGUGCUGGUGACGAGGUGCCCCUAUAUUCAAACGCUAGAUUUAAGCGACAGCACCCUGCUGAUGGCCGACUGCUUCCCCGUCCUCAAACACCUGACGGGCCUGGUGCAUCUCUCCCUGAGUCGCUGCUACCACAUCCACCUCGCCGCUCUCACUGACCUGGGUAAGACGUUCCCGACGCUGCGCCUGCUCGACGUGUUCGGCAUCGUGAACGGCAGCCACCUGUCCUCUCUGAAGAAGGAGCUGCCCCUCGUCGGCAUCAACACGCUGCCGUUCUCCAGCACCGCCCGGCCCACGCCCGCCGCCAGGCCCGCCGACCGCUCCAUGUGGAACACCAGGUGUCGCCUGAGGGUCCGACUGUCGGCGCCACACCUCCACGUCCAGCCCGCUGUGCGGUGAUGGAGCCAGGUUCCAGCGUUUCUUGCUGCUACAGAUGUUUGUUUUUUUAUUAAUUUUUUUUUAGUGUUUGCCGGUAUUAAGGUACUGAAGUCACACACCCGGCCAAGUCGUUUUAAAAGUACUGAACAUGCGAGCUUCAGAGCAAAUGUAGUGUUAAAGUGAUGGUUCAGAGUCACUACUCCCUAGGGUCCUUUGCACCACAACCUCAAGCCAAAUACCCCCCCACACCCACUUAGAUCAAACAUUGGGUGAGUUAGCGUUAUUAGCUGGUUAGCUUAGUCCCGGCGCUAAUGGAACCAAGGGUGUAUCUGGUGAAUUACCCCACUAAUAAUGCCCCAAAUGAUACCAAACUUCUACAGUAGUACAAAUAUAUGUUAUGUACUCAUAAAACCAAGGAUUGGGAAGUUUGUAAGUACACCAGGAGUUAAUUUAAAUACCACUUGCCUGCUGGCUUCUGGUUUCUGCUGCUAACGGCAGUUAGACAAGUGGUCAGGGACGUCUCCAAAGUACAUAACACCGAAAACGGAUACAUUAAUGAUUAAAUAAGGUGGUAUCAUUUUGGGCAUUAUUAGCGAGAUAAUUUACCAGAUACACCCUUGGUUCCAUUAGCGCCGGCACUAAGGAGGGGGCGGGGGGGGUACCAUCACUUUUAAGGAAUGUCAGAUUUGGAUGUUGAAUCCAGUUCAUGUUGGAAUGUGUUACCACAGAUGUUUAAUAGAUUUUUUAAAUCUGUUUAAGGUUCUAAUAAUGCAUUAAUGUAAAUAUUUUGUAAGGAAAACAAGGUUUAAAAGACUUCUCCUGCCUUCUGUCAGAUAGAAGAUGUCUAAUGAUACAGUCCAAGUCAGAAUGUUUGGACACACUAUCUCAUCUGAGUAAUACUGUUGGACAGACAUGUCUUGUUCUCAGCUGUAAUAAUGACAGAACAGCUGAUUUUAAUGAGUGAAGACGUUUUAAUGUGAAAUGAAGAAUCUGGACCUUGAAUCUUUUAACUGUUGAUUGUCCUGUUGCUGGACAGACGGUACGUCUGUGUUCAGGCUUCCACUGUCCCGCGGUGUGCUACGGUAAUAACUGGACCAGGCUAUUGUCUCUCCAGCUGGACAGUAGUUGUAGGUUUAUGACGAGCUCAUUAUGUCACUGUAGAUGUGCUUUAUGUGCCAUUUCUCAUAAUGUCAUAUGGACUGAAUAUUAACGAACGGGAGUUUGUUUGUUUUUUUUUACUUGGGAAUGUUCAUUUUCCCUUCUGAGUCUUAACAAGUAAACAAAUGAAAC